AUGCUUGACUUUAAGAUGCUCAGGAACACUCAAGGACUUCAAGCUCCAUUGAAACUACAGAUGGAACGCAGUGUUGCAUCCAAGGUAAAUGAAAAUUACUUCUUCAAGCGAGCCUUUUUGUUGUAUUUCACUGAAAAUAAUUAUUGGUCUGUCUUCUCAAGUUUGCAUUCCAAGAUUCCUUAUGUCUCAUUUUCAAUUGCAAGGCCACAUUGGAAAGAGAUGAAACUGAUCUUUUUAUUUAUUUUGUUGAAAAGUCAUUUCUUCUGAACCAAGCAAUUGAUUUUUUUCAAAACUUUUUCAAAUGGUAGGAAGGUUAGCAUAUUGAGAAAUAUGAUGAUUUUUUAUUAAUUCUGUCAACACCUUGUAAACUUACAGAUUCAACGGUUACCAUGUCUGCCAAGUUCAAUGGUUGCUUUAGAUACUCUAAUGGGUACAGAUGAGAGUUUAGGCUUCGAAGACUUCUUGAACGGUAAUUUUAGAUAUUACAGUAAGAUUGUUUUUAAGACCUUCCCCAACAAACUGCAAUAUUUUUUUCCCCUUAAAAUGGUUUUCCAUAUACUGUAACCACUUUUUACAGGAUUUGUAGAAAGUCACACUUGAAAAAAAAUUAAUGAUUUCUUUAGCCUGGUUUUCACUAGCGUAUAAGCAUAAGCAUAAGGACAUACGCACAUGCAGAAUGUCAUAUUUGACUGAAUUCUCAAUACCAGCUAUCCUCAACCCGAUGAUAAACAAGAUGGCAGACGAAGUGUCCGCCGUAUUGCUUUUGAUAUGUUCGCAUGAGGUCUGGGUCAAAGUGACCUACGAUUGGUCCACAGCCUUGUGCUUAUGCUUGUGCUUUUGUCAGCCCAGUUUUCACUAGUCAAAGCUACGACAUAAGCACAAGCACAAGCACAAGCAGAAGUUUAUCUUGAGCUUAUGCUUAUGCCUAUGUUCACCCAGUUUUCACUUGCUUACCCAUGUGCUUGUUCUUGUGCUUGUGCUUAUGCGCUAGUGAAAACCAGGCAAGCGUUAUGGCAGGAAAGUACUGCUCAGUGCCUUUCUCUUGAUUGGUCACAUUACAGAAACUAUUAGACAAGAAUGUUUCAAACCCAUUUUAUGACAAUAUUGAACAAUGUGCCUCUUAUAUAUUGCAUAGACUAACAAUGUUGUUGAUCAAAAAACCUCAGUUUAUUUUAACAUAAAUAACACCUGGCUAAAAAGCUAUUUUACAAACACAUGGUCCAUUUCAUAAAAUACCAAAAUAAUCUGAAAGGGGAAGGUACAGCCUUGCUAAGGUGUAUAAAUUAGUAUGUUUCCUAACCCUAACCCUAACCCAUUUAUGGCUGUCAGUGAACAAGGUCAUAAUAUUAUUAUCUGUUUAUGAAAGUCAAUUUGUAAAUAGUAAUGUUUUCCUGUGUUUCAGUUCAUGGUGAUUCUGAGGUUAUGUCUGAUCCACAUCUUACAAUGGAAUACAAACUUGGGCUUCAUUGA